GGGCUCACACUCUUAACGUGCACCUCGUCUAUCUCCUCUCCUCUCCUCCUCCGAGCGGUUAUCUUAUCGUGUUAGUCUCCUCCUCCCUCCAUUGUCACCUCCUCUCCUCUCCUCACAUCACACACUCCACUUGAAAUACCCUCCGAAUCUCCCUCACGUCCCUCCACCUCGCUCUACAUUUCUCUCUCAUGAUUCAUAUAUGAUAUGACCAUUUAAAUUAAUCAUCUCAUCACAAACAAUCUAAAAAAAAAAACAAUGAGGGAGAUCUUGCACAUUCAAGGAGGCCAAUGCGGAAACCAAAUCGGUGCCAAGUUCUGGGAAGUGAUCUGCGACGAGCAUGGCAUUCAACCUGACGGCCAUUACAAGGUCGACGGAGCACCCUCCGAUCUCCAACUGGAGAGGAUCAACGUCUAUUUCAAUGAGGCUUCUGGUGGCCGCUACGUCCCCAGGGCGGUCCUCAUGGAUCUCGAACCCGGUACCAUGGACAGCAUCAGAUCGGGUCCCUACGGCCAAAUCUUCCGCCCCGAUAACUUCAUCUUCGGCCAGUCCGGUGCCGGCAAUAACUGGGCCAAAGGUCACUACACUGAGGGCGCUGAGUUGAUUGAUUCUGUUCUCGAUGUUGUUCGCAAAGAAGCUGAGAAUUGUGAUUGUUUGCAAGGUUUCCAGGUGUGUCAUUCGCUUGGAGGGGGCACUGGUUCCGGCAUGGGAACCCUCUUGAUCUCAAAGAUAAGGGAGGAAUUCCCAGACAGAAUGAUGCUCACAUUCUCUGUUUUCCCUUCCCCAAAGGUUUCCGACACAGUUGUUGAACCCUACAAUGCCACCCUCUCAGUGCACCAGUUAGUAGAGAACGCUGAUGAAUGCAUGGUCCUUGACAAUGAAGCACUGUACGACAUUUGCUUCAGGACAUUAAAGCUCAGUAAUCCAAGCUUUGGUGACUUGAACCACCUGAUUUCUGGAACAAUGAGUGGGGUAACUUGCUGCCUGAGAUUUCCCGGCCAGCUGAACUCUGACUUGCGAAAACUGGCUGUGAACCUAAUCCCAUUCCCACGUCUUCAUUUCUUCAUGGUGGGCUUCGCACCCCUCACUUCUCGCCGGUCCCAGAACUACGUAUCCCUCUCUGUCCCUGAACUCACUCAGCAAAUGUGGGACGCAAAGAACAUGAUGUGUGCAGCUGACCCACGCCACGGACGCUACCUAACAGCCUCAGCCAUGUUCAGGGGAAAGAUGAGCACUAAGGAGGUGGAUGAGCAGAUGAUCAAUGUCCAGAACAAGAACUCAUCAUACUUUGUGGAGUGGAUUCCAAACAACGUGAAAUCAAGCGUGUGUGAUAUUCCGCCAACAGGGUUGAAGAUGGCAUCAACAUUUGUUGGGAACUCAACAUCGAUUCAGGAGAUGUUCAGGAGAGUGAGUGAGCAGUUCACAGCGAUGUUUAGGAGAAAGGCAUUUUUGCAUUGGUAUACAGGGGAAGGGAUGGAUGAGAUGGAGUUUACAGAGGCAGAGAGCAACAUGAAUGAUCUGGUGGCGGAGUACCAGCAGUACCAGGAUGCAACUGCCGAUGAUGAGGAGGUGGGAGAGUUUGAGGAGGGUAAUGAAGAGAAUUAUGAGGGCUAAAUACUUGCUGAAGCAAGUCUGACUAAGGCUGUUUAGCUCCGAAACAAAACUCUGAGAUUUUGAUGGAAUUGUUUCGCUUGUCUUGCUUAUAUACCACCACUAUUUGGCUAUCAUUCUUUUCUUUUCUUUUAUUUUCUUUUCAUUUUGUGGCAUUGUUAUUCUCCUGUGACACUUUGAACUUUGUCACUGUUCUGUUUACGUAUUGGAAUAUAUAUAGAUGUUGCUGUUUGUUCCAUUCAAUUCAAGAAUUUCAAAACUCAUUCGAAUUUCACUGUCAA